AUGAAACUUGGUACCAUAUAUUUGUUUCUCGGAGCACUUGCUAUUUACCAUGGCGUUGAAUACCGGGUUGAAGUUGGGGUUGGCCGUCCAGAUGUCCGAAUCAUUCCAAUUGUCCAAAAUAAAACCGUUAGCAUAGCGUAUGAAUUUAAGCGUGCUGAAAAUGAUGACUCCGAUAUAAUGAAAGGUGCCACCACAGAUGCGCUAGAUCAAAUUUUUGUCAAGGGUUACCGGAUGAGUCUUCCGGAUCAUGUCAAGGAAAUAGUUGAAGUUGACAUUGCCUUCUGUGAUAAAGUAGCUUUGUCUCAGCCAGUUGCCUAA